CCUUGUCUUCCGCCAUGACAUCCAGAAACUACCCUGGGCCCUCCAGCCCUCCCAGCGGCCCUUACCAGGGCGCGCCCCCCAAAUACAUCAACGACUUUAGCAAGGCGCUCGCGAACGAGGUCCGCAUCCUCCUCGCCGAGGUUGGCAAGCUGCGCGAUGAGCGCCGCGCGCUGCAGUACGAGAUCGCGGAGCUCAUGAGCGUCAAGUCGAAGUUCGGCGGCUCGAACGACUUCUCGCCGGAUUGGCGGCCGUCGUCAGCCGAGCCGUUGCCCCCACCUCCCGCUCCGCCCGCUGUCGAAGAUGCGCCGCCGCCAGGUCCUGCUCGACCAGCAUGGCGCACGGUGCACAAGCGCAAGGAGAAGGUCAAGCAGAUCACCGCAGCCCCGUCGAGUCCCGCUCCCGCCCCGCCGUUGGAAGCCCCGAAGCCGGGCAUCCCUGCAUGGUCACAGUGGCGUCCCAACCCUUUGUAUAACCCCGAACCUGCCCAGUCUCCCUUCCCCGUGUCCCCUCCUGGUCGUGCUGGGUUGUUCGGACCUCCAUCGCCCCCACCGAAGUAAACAACUGAUUCCUUCUUCCGCUUCUGUGCUCGAUCUUCCCUCGACACAUUCUUGGCUUCCGCUUGUUCGACUUCUGCACCUUGUCCUUCCUUCUUGCCGAUCUCUAUCGCCUCAAUGUAUCGUGUACUUAUUCUUGUUUUCUCGUCCAUCUGGCUACAUCCAAGUGUAUCGCUCCAUUAUCUCCUAUACAUCUGAUGCCUCCUGCACUGUUCAAUGAGUUGUCGAAAGGCG